ACUGAAAAACCCUCUGACAUCAGGUCACCAAGCAACCAAGAGUUCAGCGACUGGCAGCGCAAGGAGAAGGGAAACGUCAAUUCCAAUUCGCCACCCAGUAGAAAAGGACACACCGAUAGAAUUGUGAAUCCAUGGAGGUGGAAGGAUCGUCGAAGAAGAUGAUAGCAACACAGGAAGAAAUGGUGGAGGCUAAGGUUCCUCUGGGGUACAGAGACCAGUGUGCGCACCUCUUGAUCCCUCUCAACAAGUGCAGGCACGCCGAGUUCUACCUUCCAUGGAAGUGCGAGGCCGAGCGCCACGUCUACGAGAAGUGUGAGUACGAGCUCGUUAUGGAGAGGAUGCUUAAGAUGCAAAAGAUCCAAGAAGAAGAAGCCAAGCUCAAGCAGUCCCAGAAACAGCCCAUUCCUCUCAUUCCCAAAACUGCCAAUGCUUAGAAUUUUUCGAUCUUCUGGAAGCUUGGAAUUCAUGGGAUGGGUGGACGCUUUGAUGUUUGUUUCUGCUGUUGGUGGGAUACAUUUAGGAGUGUUUCUGGGGAUGACUGUAACAGACUCCAGAUAUUUUCUUCUCUAUUCUCUAUCACUUGUUUGACCGUGUUUCAAGCGGUGGAAUAAGAAUAAAAUUCCUCAUGAAGAUUGAUUUUAUCCAAGAUAAAAUAUCAUGUUUCUUCUACCUCUUCUCAUAAAA